AUGGCGACAAAGUUCUUCCGGAUAGGGAAGAAGCAAGUCUUCUUACCCGAUCACACGAUCGCCUUCCUACGACCGCGAGAUAACCAACCACCAAACUUCGCCUCUUUCAGGGUACCUCUAACAUUCAACAAGUUUGACUUGCGUGACUACCUGCUGCACGCAUAUAAUGUGCCUGUGCUAGGCGUACGAUCGCAACUGACGCAGCGCCGGCCGCGGCAGUCCAAGAUGCAUCAUCGCAUUUACCGGCCACCACCAGUCAAGACGAUGACGGUGGAACUGCACCAGCCGUUCAAGUGGCUCGAUGCCCCGGAAAACCUGGACGUAUGGAAUCCACCAAUGCUAGAGAGGCGGCGCAAGGAGCAGGAGAGGCAGGAGAAGUGGCAGAAGAACGCUGAAAAGACCGGCACGUUUCCUCUAAGAGACGAGCAAGGCGCGUCGAAAUCUAGAAUUUCGCUGAAGCAGGAGGCGAAGAGGUUACUGAGGGAUGGAAACUGGGAGAACGAUAGGGAGUUAGAUCCGAGGUUCAAUCUGCCAGUCAAUUAUGUUGGCGGACUCAGUCGCAACUUCUCAGCGAAUACCACCGAGAAUAACCCAGGCACCAAUUCCACCGAUCCCCAGGGCGCUGAUUAUAGCGACCCUAGCGCUCCGAAAUCCAACAUUACUGGGUUGGACACGUUGGCAUGGGGCAAUGUGAGAAAGGACCAGACCAACAGAUAUUGGGCGCAUCUUGUCAUGGCAGUCUUGGUCAUCAUAUGGGUCUGCGGUGUUUUCUUUGCAGAAUUGAGGGUUUAUAUUAAAGUCCGCCAGGACUGGUUAACAACUGCCGAACACCGUUUACGAGCUUCUGCGACGACUGUCCUAGUGAGCGGUAUUCCCGACAAAUGGCUAAAUGAAGAGGCUCUCAAGGGCCUUUUUGAUGUUUUCCCAGGAGGACUUCGAAACGUCUGGCUCACGCGGGAUUUGACACAUCUCUUAGAGAAAAUUUCCAAACGUGACCUAAUCCAUAAACAGUUGGAGGAAGCCCUGACAGAACUGAUUCGGAUGGCGAAGAAAGAGCAACUAAAGAAGAGGGAGGCGGAUGAAAAACAGGCGCGUAAAGUAUCUAAAUCCCACCGACCCACCAAAGGAGAGAGACAAGAGCGUCAGAAGCGGGAGGACGAUGCAGCGAAAUUGCAGGCCGAAGGUAACCAAGGCAUAAGCAGUGGUGACCGGCACGAAGUCCCACAUGAUUUAGGUGAUGCUGAAGCAGAGGUUAAGACUGAUCACCAACAUGAUAGCCAUAGGCCAUCUACUGGGCGCAGCUUUGUGACAAGUGGGUUCUCAAAAAUAACUGGAGGGUUUGGAAAGGGUGUUGAUGCGAUGGGUAAGACUGGACAGGAUAUAUUUGGAGGCGCUAAGAAUAUCUCGCACGGUAUUGACAAUCAAAUCGAAACGACAAAUGGAUUCGUGGCGAUAGGAACGCCACAGAGCCCAUCGCCUGCUCCCCCUACGCGGGGAUCGGACCGCCGUCGUAUUCAGCUGCCGGACGAGAAAGACCUUCCCAGGCCGUCGACCCAGAGCUCAAAUCAUCGUCAGGGUCUUGGAUCCGAAGAACCUAUUAUGGGGCCGCCCACAUCACAACCACAGCAUUAUCGCAAUGGCUCUUCCCUUUCCCAGGAUACUAUGCUAAAGGGAGAGAACGUUGAAAUGCGACACUUCGGAAAUACAACCCGCAAAGCUGACACUCUUGAGGAUAUGCAACAACACGAAACCAUACGAUGGUAUCAGUUUUGGAAACCCCCGGCCGGUGGAUACGUGUCGCCCGUUCCCCAAGGAUACGAAGGCGACGACUUUCCAUUUAAGAAAGAGAAAACGCUCUUAGAAAAGAUAAAGUCAUUUAUCCCGUUUGUUGGUGGCACGGAGCUCGAACCGGUGGAGUACCCUAAAGCCUAUAAUGAGGAAUGGACAGAAGAUAAGGACGGUGGAGCAGAAUGGGAGAAGUGGGUUAAGAAGUCUAAGCGACCAACUCAUCGUCUUGCGAUAUUUGAAUGGACCCCUUCCUGGCUACCUGGGCUUCCUUUUCUCAACAAGAAAGUCGAUACAAUAUAUUGGUGUAGACAGGAACUAGCAAGGUUGAACUUGGAGAUCGAUACCGACCAGAAGAACCCAGAACGGUAUCCACUGAUGAAGUCGGCUUUUAUUCAAUUCAAUCACCAAGUUGCCGCGCAUAUGGCUUGUCAGAGUGUUACGCAUCAUAUUCCGAGGCAUAUGGCCCCUCGCACUGUCGAGAUAUCUCCUAAUGACGUGCUCUGGGAAAACAUGGCUAUUAGCUGGUGGUCGGAGUGGCUUCGGACUGCUGCCGCCGUUGCUUUUGUCGCCGGCAUGAUCCUACUAUGGGCGUUCCCGGUUGCCUUCACGUCCUCGAUCUCCCAAGUUAGCACGCUGACAGACGAAUUUCCCUGGCUGAGUUUCAUUGACGAGAACAAAAAUAUUCAUAACGUGGUAUCUGGUGUUGCUGGUGUUCUGCCGGCUGUUCUACUCGCUCUUCUUCUCUGGUUGGUGCCGAUUAUCAUGGGCUUCCUUGCUGGCUUUAAAGGAGCCAAGACGGGAUCUCAAAAGACGGAAACAGUCCAGAAGUUCUAUUUCGCGUUCCUCUUCGUCCAGGUAUUCCUGGUCGUCUCCUUAGCUUCAGGUGUUCUCCAGACACUUGACUACAUUGCCAACAACCCAACUGGAAUUGCGGAUCUCCUAGCAGAAAACUUACCAAAGGCUGCAAACUAUUUCUUCUCUUACAUGAUUCUUCAGGCCCUCAGUGUGAGCUCGGGUACGUUACUGCAGAUUGGGGCUCUCAUCAACUGGUACAUCAUCGCGAGAAUUAUGAACAAGACGGCCCGGAACAAGUGGUUUACCAACACUAAGCUCCCUGAAGUGAAUUGGGGAACUACCUUCCCGGUCUAUACGAAUUUCGCCUGUAUCGCGCUGAUCUAUUCAGUCGUCGCUCCAAUCAUCUCUAUAUUUGCCAUCAUCACCUUCAGUCUCCUGUGGAUGGCAAAUAGAUAUAGCAUGAUAUACGUGAACCGUUUCACAAGCGACACUGGUGGUGUGCUAUAUCCGCAGGCCAUCAACCAAACCUUCACAGGGCUUUACGUAAUGGAGCUGUGCCUUGUCGGUCUGUUUUUUCUUGUUAGAGACGAGAAUGGCGAAGUUGCAUGUGCACCGCAAGCCAUCAUCAUGAUCGUCUCAAUCUUUCUGACCGCCAUAUACCAAAUCCUCCUGAAUAAGUCCUUUGGGCCAUUAUUCCGAUAUUUGCCGAUUACCUUCGAGGACGAAGCUGUCCUACGGGAUGAAGCAUUCCAGCGCGCUCAGGACCGCCGCUUAGGCCUUGAUGAUCGUGACGACGAUAUAUCCGACAAGGAGGCCUCGCCAAUACACGAAGGUGGAAGCCAAAACAAUUCUAUGGAUGGCGCUGAUGACAAGACGGGGCGAGGUAAUAAAUUUACGAACUUUAAGCCUGUUAAGGGCAUUGUCCACGCUAGUACCUGGGCAGCUCGUGGCGGUAAAAGUACCUACGAUCGUACUUUUGGCAAGGCAGAGAAGGGAUUUAAGAAUGUCAACAAGUAUCGUGAAGAACGUCGACAAAAGGAUCUCGAGGCGCAGAGGGCCAUUGGUGAGGCUCUAUACGGCGGAUUCCACGAUGAAAUUGAGGAUCUCAUGCCUGAGGAACGAGACGUUCUUGUCAGGCGUGCGUUUAUGCACUCGGCUUUGCGUGCAAAGCGACCAACUGUAUGGAUUCCUCGUGACGACCUGGGAGUGAGUGACGAUGAAAUAAGAAGAACGAGGGAAUUCAGUGAACACAUUUGGAUUUCGAACGAGGGCACGGCACUCGACAGCAAAGUGCGGGUUGUAUACGGCCGCGCGCCACCAGACUUCUCAGAGCUAGAUAUUAUCACCCUGUAA